GGUCUGGAACCCUCUGUCCCGCUCUUCCAAUUCCUUUGGUCCAACUUCUCCGCCGUAGCAGGCGACCAGCCUUCUCUCGAGUGUUGGCCUCCUCUCGCCACCCGUGACCCCGUGAACUACGGGGAUGAGUUGAGUCUGCACGAAGUGAUGCUAGCGGGGUGGGGGAUGCCGAUCGGCGAGCUGUUUGAUCUUGAGGAGUUGGCGAGGGAAUGUAGAGACAGAAAGAGGUGGAGUUUUUUUGUUGUGAGCGAGGUGUGCAAUGUGAAGGGUGGGGUUGCUAGUCCUCCUAACGCUUUGGCGAUCUUUUGA